CCGGCGGGCCGGGGCGGAGCACUCGGCCGCGCGGCUGCCGCCCGUGGCUCUGCCCGCUCCCCGCCCCCAGCCUCUCCGGCGCCGGGCAGCGCGGCUCCGAGCAGCCGGCGGCGCCGUGGCCGCGCAACCUUUGUCUCCGGCCGCCGGCAGCGGGGCCCAGAGCAGGCGCCACGCGGGGACGGAGGAGGCAGAGAGGACAGGCAGUGAUGGAGAGACGGAGAGGAGCCGGCGCGCGUCCCCCCCAUGCCCAUCUCGGUCUCCACCACCACCACCGCCACCACCAUCACCGCCGCCUUCACCACCAUCACUGACCGUCGCCCAUCCUGGCUCCCCCCGGCCUGCCUUCCGCUCUCAUUUCCCAGUGCAACGCCAACUUUCUCAGAUCAUUUCCUCUCCACGGGUAAUACUUUGAAAAAGCGACAGAGUGCCCCAAAUUAGGAGCUACAGAGGGCAUCCAAGUAGGACACUCUGGACACAGCUGGUGGUCACAGAGAGGAAGCCGUGACCGAUUAACUGAAAAUCCCAGCUAGUGAUUCCAAAGAAAGAGAAAGACAUUUCUCCCAACCAUUCCAGUGCCCUAGAGGUCCUGGACAUCCUGGAAGAAGAUGCAGCCCACAGACAGAAAAUGACAGCCACCAAAGUGCUGAGGGGGCCCGUUCAGUCCUUUCUAUCCCUGCUCCAAAUUCCACUCCAAGAUGACCUGUAACCGCACAGCCAUCGAGUCCUAUGAAUACUGGCUGCUGAACGGGAGCAACAGGUGGGACUCUGGGGCAGCCCCACCCCCUACGCCCCUCAGGAUACCCUUGGCAAUAAUCAUGAUGCUGAUGAUCGUGGUGGGACUCCUCGGCAACGCUGUCGUCUGCAUCAUCGUGUACCAGAGGCCAGCCAUGCGCUCCGCCAUCAACCUGCUGCUGGCUACUCUGGCCUUCUCCGACAUCAUGCUGUCCUUGUGCUGCAUGCCCUUUACCACUGUCACCUUGAUCACUGCCCACUGGCACUUUGGUGACUCCUUCUGCCGGCUCUCAGCCAUGCUGUACUGGUUCUUUGUCCUGGAGGGCGUGACCAUCCUGCUUAUCAUCAGUGUGGACCGCUUUCUCAUCAUUGUGCAGCGCCAGGACAAGCUGAACCCGCAGAGGGCCAAGGUGAUCAUCGCUGGCUCCUGGGCACUGUCCUUCUGCAUGUCAGCUCCCUCACUGGCAGGCUGGACACUCUUGGAGGUACCGGCCCGGGCCCCGCAGUGCGUGCUGGGCUACACGGAGCUGCCAGCCAGCCGUGCUUACGCGGUGACGCUAGUGGCUACAGUGUUCUUUGUACCCUUCAGCAUCAUGCUGUGCUCCUUCCUGUGUGUCCUGCACACGGUCCGGAAGAACACCGUCCGUGUGCACAACCAGUCCAACAGCCUGGACCUGAGACAGCUCGCCACAGCUGGCCUGAGGCGGCCCCAACGGCAACAGCAGGUCAGCUUGGACCUGAGCUUCAAAACCAAGGCCUUCACCACCAUCCUGAUCCUCUUUGUGGGCUUCUCGCUCUGCUGGCUGCCGCACUCGGUCUACAGCCUCCUGGCCGUAUUCAGCCAGAGCUUCUACUGCAGCCCCUCCUUCUACACCACCAGCUCCUGCAUCCUGUGGCUCAGCUACCUCAAGUCCGUCUUCAACCCCAUCGUCUACUGCUGGAGAAUCAAAAAAUUCCGUGACACAGAGGCUUCAGAGGCUCAAAGCCCAGAGAAUGUUCGACGCAGCUCAGCUGAACUGAGGAGCCCACCCACCGCCACCCGGCUGGCCCACCAGCCCUGCACCCUGCCCCUCCCAGUAUGGGUUACAUCCCUCUGCCCCUUCUCCUUCCCUCAACCCCCCCUUUGUUUUAAUCACAGCCAUUCCAGUACACAGGAAAAACAUACUCCUCCUCCCGUUCUCCAUCUUUUCAGCCAGUGUCUGAAAUGGCUUCCUUUCAGUUUGGACGUCGUCAGUGGGCUUUGUUUACGUGUUUCCCCUUGACACCCCGUGCCUGCCAUGUCUGUAAUGGCCACCUGGGCCUGGGCACUGCAGCUGCGGCAGAGGUAGAUCACACGGCACCCACUGAGCAGCCCGGUGGCCUGUGUCCCUCCUACCUCACCCAGGUGUGCGGGCCCCCGGCCGCUGCUGUCGGGCUGCCGCCUGUGACCUCGGUCCUCCCGGCCCAGGCAGGACUGGGGUCCCAGGACUGAGGCUGCCUAAGGAGCACCUCUGCCCUUGGCCGCUACCCCCAGGGCCGCCCAUUUCCAUCAGAAGCUUCAGACUUUGAAGGAUGACUGUCCUGAGUUAAGGGCAUACCAUUGGGUCCAUUGAGCUCUCAUUCAGAUCAGAAGAGAACGGAAACUUUAGGAAGAAAUUCAUAAAAUUUGAUUUCAAGUCUAACUGUAUCUUGAACUAGUCAUGGUGAAACUAUGUAAAACUUGUUCGUUUCACCUCCCUUCUCUGGGCCUCAGUUUCCCCAUCUGCCAAGUAAGGAAGCAGGUCUACCUGAUCUUCAAUGUCCCUGUCAUGUCUCAGACACACCAGUUCCAAAUGUGUAUGUUUUCUGUGCACAGUCACUGGAUCCCCUGCAUCGACUUAUUUAUCCAUGCAACGAGCAUGUAUUAAGUGCCUACUAGAUAGAAGGCACUGUGGGAGAGAGUGAUGAAUGAGGCCUGCGCUGUGUCCAGAAGCAGUUGUCCCCUUCAGCUCAGGGUAAUCAUGACUCAAAUGACUAAGAGCACAGAAGUCCGUGGUUUGUUUCUCUUCUUGUUUCUUUUUCUGGGUUGUAUUACAAGGCCAGCUCCCCAUUCUCAUGUUCUCCUGUGGUAUUGGUGACAAAGGCAGGAAAGAAAGAGAACAUAUUUAUAUUAAUCUAAGCCCAGAGGAGAGUUUGUCAAGAAAAUAAUUGACACCUUUUCUCACCAACUGUCCCCUUCUUUCAUAUCCAGACACAAGAAAGAGAGAGAGUUGCAGGCAGGCAAUUGGCAGGUGGUUGACUGAGGUGGGGCCUGGCCCUGCCAGGACAGGGUUUGCCUUCAGUUCCCAUGAGGCAGAGUUGCACGGCCUCCAUGGUGUAGGGUACAGCCAGGCCGCUGAGGGGACCAUGCCACUGGGCGUCUCCCCUCUGGUGCAUGUUCAGGGGAAUGCACUUCAGGAGGCUCAGGCGAGAGAGAGAAACCACAAACUGAAUGAAUGAAGGUACCAAAACGUAUAUCCGUCACUGUUCGAUGAUGCGUGUUGGACAGUAAUAUAUAUGUUUCAAAGUAAUAAUUUUGUAUAUAUUUUAAAUAAAGUAUUAUUG